AUGGCUGGUAUGAGCAAAUUACCCGCUAUAUAUCGCCAUGGUUUUGUAUUAGCAACAUCAAUGGCGGUAUCAUAUUGGAUGACAGUGAAAUGGCUUCGUCAACGUUCUAAACAAUUAUUAGAAAAAGAUAUCAAUUCAUCUAUGAAAUCUCAUGUAGCUAAGAAAAACCAAAGUGUUGCUGUUGAUAAAAGAUUUUUUCGAAAUCUAAUUGCUUUACUUAAAAUUCUUGUUCCGAAAAUUUUCUGUGGCGAAAGUUUAUUCCUUGCUCUUGUUGCUGCGUCACUCAUAGCACGUACUUAUGCUGAUGUAUGGAUGAUUAAAAAUAGUACAUCAGUAGAAAGUGCAAUUAUUGGACGAAAUGUACCUUUAUUUAAAGAAAAUCUAGCGCGAUUUGCCUAUGCAAUGCCAUUGAUUGCAUUCGUUAAUAAUGCUCUUCGAUAUACUCUUGAAGAACUUAAAUUACGUUUUCGAAAACGUUUAUCAUUAUAUUUAUAUGACCAAUAUCUUAAAGGAUUUACCUAUUAUCAAGUUAAUACACUUGAUAGUCGUAUUAAUAAUAUUGAUCAAUUAUUAACACAAGAUGUUGAAAAAUUCUGUUCAAGUGUUGCUGAUCUUUAUACAAAUAUUUCAAAACCAUUUUUAGAUAUAAUUAUUUAUGCAAGAAAACUCUCAGGAUCAAUAGGUCCAGGUGGACCAUCGUUAUUAGUUCUUUAUUUAGUUUGCUCAGGUCUUGUUUUAACAAGAUUACGUCGUCCUAUUGGACGUAUGACUGUUGCUGAACAACAAUUUGAAGGAGAAUUUCGAUAUGUUAAUUCACGUUUAAUAACAAAUUGUGAAGAAAUUGCAUUUUAUAAUGGUAGUCGCCGAGAAAAAAUGAUUAUACGUGAUGGAUUUGAACGAUUGAUUAAACAUUUACGAAGUUUAAUUAUCUUUCGAUUAGUUAUGGGUUGUAUUGAUAGUGUUGUUGCAAAAUAUAUAUCAACAUGUGUCGGAUAUUAUGUUGUUAGUCGACCAUUUUUGGAUCCAUUGAAUACAAGACAUGCCAAUAGUACAUAUAAUCAAAUUUUAGAGGAUUAUUAUUCAUCCGGUCGAAUGUUAAUGCGACUUGCUGAAGCUGUUGGUCGUUUGGUUCUUGCUGGUCGUGAAUUAACAAAACUAGCUGGUUUCACAACACGUGUUACAGAUUUAAUUGGAGUUUUAUCUGAUGUCAAUCAAGGUAAUUGUGUUCGAACUGGAAUUAAUAAUACUACAAUGGGCAACAGAAAUGAUCAAGGACAAAUUCGUACACAAGAUGGAAUUAUAAAAUUUGAAAAUGUUAAACUUAUGACUCCAAAUGGUGAUGUUUUGAUUGAAAAUCUUAAUUUUACGGUACGAUCAGGUCAAAAUGUUAUUGUUGUUGGACCAAAUGGAUGUGGAAAAUCAAGUUUAUUUCGUACAAUUGGUGAAUUAUGGCCAAUUGCAAGUGGAACUUUAACAAAACCAGGUAGUGGACAUCUAUUUUACAUUCCACAAAAACCAUAUAUGAUAAUUGGUACAUUACGUGAUCAAAUUAUUUAUCCUGAUUCACAUGGUGAUAUGCAUCGUAAAGGAGUUAAAGAUGAAAAUUUACGUGAAUUACUUGAUAAAGUACAAUUAACUUAUUUAACACAACGAGAAGGUGGUUUAAGUGGUGUACAAGAUUGGAUGGAUGUACUUUCAGGUGGAGAAAAACAACGUAUUGCCAUGGCACGUUUAUUUUAUCAUAAACCUCAAUUCGCUAUACUUGAUGAAUGUACAAGUGCCGUUUCAGUUGAUGUUGAAGGAUUUAUGUAUGAAUACUGUCGAAAUGCUGGUAUUACUUUAUUUACUGUAUCUCAUCGAAAAAGUUUAUGGAAAUAUCAUGAAUAUUGUUUAUAUAUGGAUGGUCGUGGAAGUUAUACAUAUACAAAAAUUGAUGAGCAUACUUCGGAGUUUGGUUCUUAA